UCGCCGAAGGGCAAUUCCAUGGAUUCCUCGCUGAGGCGGCGGAAAAUACUAGAAAGUGAGAAACUGGGCUCUCCCCUUUGGAAAGUUAGAAAAGUCCCCUACACCGACAGUGUGCGCGGCGCUCCAUCGAGAGAUGUGUGGGGGACUUAGGACUACAUUUCCCGUGAGGCGCUGAAUUUGACCCGGAAGAGUCAAGUCUGCUCUCAACAAUUGUUGACAGUGAAAAUAUAGGGAAACACGUACACGGACGCUUGUAUUUUUCUAGCAGACGCAUCCGCCUUCUUACCUUAGAGGGCGUCGUGUUUUCAGAAACGCGGUUUCCUUCGGCCCCCGAAUGGGUUCUUGAGCUUCGAGAGGCGGAAGAGUGACGCUAGGGGUCGGAAGGCAGAGGUUAGAGAGCCGAAUUGGCGGGAGAAUAGGUUUGUGUUCCCAGAGCUGAGGCUGUAGAGGCUCCUUGAGGUUCCUGGACCCGGCGGAGGGGCGUUGAGCACAUCUCUGAGGAAGAUGAUGAGCAUGACAGAAACCCGUCACCUCAAAGAACUCACUGCUUAGUAAUGAGGCACGCAAGGGAGACAAUCACCAAAAACAAAAACAGCAGCAAUUGUGAAGCCUUAGCAGCACAUGGACUGCAAUGCCUGACAUGUGGAUGAUGUUCACUCAGGGUUUGUUUCCCACUACAAUGGCCUGCCCCACUUUGACUACUGUCUGACUGCCAGCCCUCUGGAGCGCGAUUGCCAAUGUCAGAGUAUUGUGAGGAAUCUUCCUCUUCUGGAAACUAACAGGACAAAAACAUAGGCAGUACCAAGGUGGAGACGGAAGAAAUCUUGGGAGAAAGCAUCUUUGCCUUGUACUGGGACAGCUCCUGAGUCUACCAUGGCUCCCGUGAAGAUCAGCCAUGUGGUGUCAUUUUCCUCUCAGGAUCCCAAAUAUCCUGUGGAGAACUUGCUGAACCCAGACAGUCAGAAGGGACCUUGGCUCAGCUGCCCUCAGGACAAGAGUGGACAGCUCAAAGUAGAACUCCAGCUGGAGAGGGCCGUGUCCAUUGGCUACAUCGAUGUGGGGAACAGUGGCUGUGCCUUCCUGCAAAUUGACGUGGGUCGGUCUUCCUGGUCUCUGGACAAACCUUUUGUCACACUGCUCCCUGCCACCAUGCUGAUGUCCCGAACUGAUUCAAAGCAAGGAAAGAACCGCUCAGGAGUGCGCAUGUUCAAGCAUGAUGACUUCUUGGCUGCAGCCUCAGGGGAGUCCUGGGAUCGGCUUCGCCUGACCUGCUCUCAGCCCUUCACAUGCCAACAGUCCUUUGGCCUGGCCUUCCUGCGGGUGCGGUCGUCUCUGGACUCCUCAGAUGACAGUGCGACGGAUCCCAUAGCCACGGGGAACUCUGAGCUGAGCCAGGUCUCUUCUGAGGACCCUGCCGUGGACCACAGCCCCUGGCUGGCUAAUCCUUCCAUCCGGAGGACUUUCUUCCCAGAUCCCCAGAUGAACACCAAGGAAAUGACAAAGCUGCACGAUCUCCUAAAGCAGCUGCAGCCAGGGGCCCUGGGACGGUCAGCCCACAUGGUGCUCUCGGCAGCGCGAAAGGCACCUCCAGCCCGAGUGGCAAGCCCACAGAGCCACCGCUCAGACCCAGGGCCCAGUCACAUGGACAGUACAGAGCCCAGAGCAGAGGAGCAAUGCUCAGAGAAUGACGAGGGCAGAAGGAAGAGGCGGAAAGUACGGCAUCCACGGCCUCAAUCCACCUCGAACCCUAAGCUCAACAGGAAGGGCACGGCAAAGGCAGGAGCAAGAAAACAGCACCUGUCCGAGGCCCAGCACAGUGGUACCCAGGAGAGUGGACAGUGCCCGCUUUGUGCAGGCUCCUUCAGCAUUGAGCUUCUCCCCCUGCACGCGGCCACUUGUGGAGAGACCACCCCACCUCGCCCGGCUUCUCCCUCAUCGUCAUCAUCUUCAUCGCCAUCUGUACUAUGGGUGUCCUCCCCAGAGAGUUCACCACACGUUCCCUGGGUCCAGUGCCCUAUCUGCCAGCUGUCAUUCUCAGCAAGAGAAGUCGAGGAGCAUGCCAGCAUGUGUGGGGAGACCCCCGAGGCAUGAGCUGGAACGUCCUGUGUCCUGAGCCCCAGCCCCUGGACUAAGAUAGGGGAAUGCAUCUCUGGACAGCCUGGAAGGACUGCUGAAGCCAAGCCAACCUCACACAUUCCCUCUGGGCCCAGCUUGCUCUCAACUCUGUUGUCAGGGCUCCUGUUGCCAUGGCACCAGAUUCUCCUAAAGACACCUCAAUCCUUCCCCCCUUGGAAUUUCAUGGCAAUUUGGUGCUCUCUCUGGGGCUGCCGGAAUGUCAUCCUCCUGAGGAGCGCUACGCACCACCAGGCCCACUAGCCUGAAAGGGAAACAGGCCCAGAAAAAAGGAAAAGCAUGGCCUGACCCAUCCGACUCCAUAGGGGCUGGGAAGAUGAGUGGUCUUUGAGCAGGAGACUGACAUCUGGCCUCCCAUGCGUCAACUCUCCGCAGCCUUUGUGGAUGAGGCAACAGCACUGCUGUGUGGCUUUGCGCAAGUUAUUUAUCACAGGUCCCACGUUCACAUCAGUGACUGAGCGAGGACAACCUUAUGCUGUCUGAGCUGUCGCAAGGAGGAGAGGGUCUGAGGGUGGAGCAGUGCUGGGCAUGCCCCACCACCCAGCCACAAGGGCAAGUGGUCGCAGCAGAGGUGCCUACAGUGCCAAACACCA